AUUUUUUGUUGAUUGCGUGUUCAUGUCCUAAUUCGUUAUUUAAAUAUAUUUUUAACCAGUAUCAGAUAAUGUGUUAAUGCCUUUAUACUAGUAUACUAGUACCUACUUUUUCUUUAUGGUCUACGGUUGUAGCAACGUUUGUUUUAAGCCAUUUACGAUGAAAACGAAGAGAAAUCUUAUCAUAUGUUAUUUCAUCAGUUUCUUUGGACUUCUGCUAUUUAUAAAGGGUUUUUUCCCCAUGAAAUCUGGCACAGCGGGAAUAGCGACAUCUAGUGACAUACCUCCUGCUCCAACCAACGCUGAUCUUGAGGCAGAAAUGCUGACUCAGCAGUUUAAAGAUGCUGACUCAUUAUCCUACGAUUCCAAUUUGCCAAGUCACGCUUCACCAAUCAAAGCUCCAUUUACAAAACUGGUGAUCAUUAUUGUGGAUGGCAUGAGGUUGGACUUUAUACAGGGGAACCACCUAAAGGGAGAUAUGCCGUUCCUAUACAAAGCACUACAUGCUGGAAAUGCAUUGAGUUUUACUUCACAUGCUGAAGCCCCUACAGUUACCAUGCCUAGACUUAAGUCACUCACAACCGGCAGCAUCCCUGGUUUCAUUGAUGUUGUUUUCAACCUGGAUCAAUCUUCUGCUCUUAAAGAGGACAACAUCAUUGGAGGGAUGAGAAGGAAUGGAAGGAAGAUGGUGUUCUAUGGCGACGAUACUUGGAUCAAGUUGUUUCCUGAAAGUUUUACGAGGAAAAACGGAACAACCUCUUUCUUUGUGUCUGACUAUACAGAGGUUGAUAAUAAUGUAACAUGGAACUUGGAGCAAGAGUUGCAGAAUAAUAAAGCCUGGGAUGUAAUGAUUCUACAUUACCUUGGUCUGGAUCAUAUUGGGCAUUUAUUUGGCCCUAAAUCAACUCUUGUUGGGCCUAAACUUAGGGAAAUGGAUGAAGUUUUCAAAAGAAUUUAUUCUGAAUAUGAAAAGCAGAAAGAUACAUUGAUAGUUUUAACAAGUGAUCAUGGUAUGAGUGCUCAUGGGAGCCAUGGGGGAACCACCCAACCUGAGACAGCUACUCCACUAGUUUUUCUCAGCCCCUCCAUUCAUAAUAAACAGGACAAGUUCAAAGAUGGAACAGAAAUAGUUGAACAAAUCGAUUUUGCUUCAACCAUCUCAAUCCUAAUGGGCAUCCCUAUUCCCCUUGCAUCAGUGGGGUCACUAAUAUCACCAAUGUUACAGAACAUUUCACCCAAAGAUCUUCUUCAUAGUUUACAAUAUAAUUGCCAUCAUUUGCUGAGAGGUUUAUCUAUGGACGGAAAACUAGAGCAAGGAAAUGAAGACAACGCUAUUAAUUUAUACAGAAAUGGACUCCAAUUCCAUGGUAGUUACAUUUAUGGGGAUGCAACAGACAAAACUCAUACUCUCAAAGCUGCAGUGGAAAGUUACCAGAGAAGCCAAAAACUUUCCACUGACCUUUUGACCUCUGACCUAGCUAAAUAUAACUAUGGGUGGAUGGGUGUGGGGUUCGUGGUGCUGUUUAUGGGUUUUUGUGGUGUUAUAUUCUCAUGGCUAAAAACUUUACUCCGUUACAAACGUGGCUCAAAAUUUCCCGGGCUUGCGCCUUUAGUUGGGGGAUUCACCUUGCAUAUAAUAACCUUGUCUGGAAGUAGUUUUGUAGAAGAGGAACACCAAAUAUGGAAUUUUCUUACUGCCUCACUCUCGCUUGGCCUCCUAGUGGCCGUAUUACGAGCAACAGCGAGAUUGAGUUUUAACGAAAAGAAACAAAAUUUGUUGUACAGUGAAGAGGUCCAACAAAGUCAUUCAAGUUUACGCUUGCGUAAAGAAGUCACCAUAGAGGUCCCUCAAUGGAAAGUUGUCCCUGUUGCCGAUAGCGACAACUCCCAACCACAUAGUGGCGAUGGAGAGUCAGAAAUCUACAAAGAUCACCAUAAAGUUAUUAACCCAUCAUAUUAUAAAGCUGUGGCCAUGAGUUGUGUGUUUGUGAUGUCACACAGGGUAUUGAGGUCAUGGAAUCAAUCAGGGGUCAAACAUGCAGAGGAUCCAGAUAUUGGUGAUUGGUUCAAUUUACCAGAGAACAAAAUCUACUUGUCUUUAUUGUCUGUUGUUUCUUUGAGCUUGUUAUUCUUCUUGUUGGAAGUUUUAACAACAACAAGGGAUUGUUUAAGAAGUAUUUUAUCGAUGGUAGCAUUCAUCAUGGUGUAUUUAUACCGUGUGUGUACUGGUGUUAUGGUGAUGCCAAUGUCUUAUGGAAAUUCAAGCGGAUUAUUCGAAUCCCGGAUCGUCUUUCUGAUCCUUGGCAUCCUCAUCUUAAAGAUCAUCUUCCAUAAAGUAAAUAAUCACGGAAGACCAAGAUCCUGUUCUUCUCCAUCCAUCCUUUGUUCCCGGGAAGACUCAGUGAUGAAGAUGUGCGAUUGCGUUCAGUCAUCAGUGGUCAUUAUGUCUUCCCUAUUAGUGAGGCCGCAUAAUCAUUUUGUCAUCGUGUUGAAUCUUGGGCUGUAUCUUGUGUUGUUCAGGUUACUAUGGCCGGUUGCCAUGGAAGAAAAAGAUUGGUUGCUAGACGACGUGUCGUUGGAUGUGCGAUCAUGUGGAACCACCACAGGGAUGGAUGGAAUGGGACGGGUUGCCAUGGCGAUGUGGUUCGCUCAUAUGGCUUACUUUAUGUUGGGAAAUUCAAACAGUCUUGCAACAGUUGAUUUAUCAGCUGCGUACAUCGGCCUAUCUGGUAGUGAAGGGGUCAUGAACUCUACGAUGACCUUCAUACUGGGGUCAUUCGCUACAUAUAUUGGACAUAUUAUAUGGAUAUCUUUAUGUGUGGCCGAUAUUAUUAAAGUUACAAAACCAGACCUAGGGAAUCCCCUAACCCCCACUUCUGACCCCACAUCCAAUGGGGUCUUGGGGUUAUUGGCUGGGGUAAGGUUAUUCCCCUUAAUAGUGUACACCAUCGUGGUCACCGGUCAUCGGCAUCACUUAUUCAUAUGGAGUGUGUUUUCCCCGAAACUUCUUUAUGAUGUCAUAACCACUUUUGUUUAUGGUUGGAUAAUUUUCAUAGCCGCGUUACUAUGGUGAUUUCUAAACCAGGGUUUACAAUUUUUCUGCGACUUUUUUUAACCUAUCUUUUUUGCGACCCUACACAGUUAGUAGUGUAAUAUAAGAAGUACUUUGUGUAAAACUGGUGAACUUUCGGUGACCCCUAAGGUUCGUUAUGUGACCCCCAGUUUGGGAAGUCUUGGUCUAAACCACUGUUUCUACUUUAGAGGUUUUAGAACUAUUUAUUCAGUUGGGCGCUCAUACUGUUUAUUGUUGCGAUUUCCUUGUUUUUUGGUUGCAUAUUUUGCAAAGUAUUUUUUAAAAAAUAUUUAGUUUUUACAUUUGGCAACUUAAAUUUGUGUAAAAAUCUCUUGAGAAUGAUAUAUUGGCAUACAUAUGCAAUGUACUAACUGUAGUCAAAUUACCAAAAUAUUAUGCAAAGAUAAGUUUUGUAAAACAGUUAUAGGGUAAUAAUCACUAAUGUGGUGGUUUCAAUUUUCCAUUGGACAUCAGUGUCAUAAUGCACAUUGUUAUGUUUAGAACUUUAAUAUUUAUUAUUGCACAAUAUUUAUUAUCUAUUGUACUCAUUAAAUGUGCAAACUACAAAAAAAAA